CGCCGCCAAGAAGAAUUGGAUCGCAAAGCCGCAGAACUAGAUAGACGUGAACAACAACUACAGGGGAACGUACCGCAACUGAACAAUUGGCCUCCGUUACCAGACAACUUUUGUGUAAAGCCAUGCUUUUAUCAAGACUUCAAUUUGGAAAUACCGCCAGAAUUUCAAAGGCUUGUAAAGCAUUUAUACUACACAUGGAUGUUUUACACCAUGACAAUGGUAGUAAAUAUAGUCGGUGGGCUAAUACUUUUAUUGCAUGAUGGAGGAUUUACUACAUUUGGCUUAGCUUUGUUUUACGCCAUGCUUUCAACACCCGCAUCAUAUAUUUGCUGGUUUCGACCGGCUUAUAAAGCUUUUCGAAAUGAUUCCAGUUUUAACUUCAUGGUAUUUUUCUUUGUGUACUUUUUCCAAACUGUGCUUACGGUUUUUCAAGCCGUUGGUGUUCCUGGUACAGGAUAUUGCGGAUUUAUUGUUGCUAUCUCGCAGUUUGAUUCUUCGGCAACUGGCAUCAUUGUCGGAUUACUUUUGCUUUGCAUAGCUUUUUGUUUUGCAACGACCGCCGCUGCAAAUAUAAUGAUGAUAACUAAGAUUCACACAAUUUACCGUAGUACUGGAGCCAGUAUGGCCAAGGCGCAGCAAGAGUUCGCUACAGAAUUCAUGAGAAAUCAACAUAUACAACAAGCUGCCUCGUCAGCAGUGAACACAGCAAUAAAUUCACAGAUUAACACCAGUAGGUACUAAAAAUAUACGAGUAUAUUCGUAUAUCACUAUAAUAGGCAAGGGCUUUCAUGGCUUUUUAAAUGUUUAAAUUUUCUUGAAAUGUAAGUUACACUAUCAGUAUAUAUAAAUAAAAGCUUGUAAAAUGCCCGGCGACUUUAAACCCUA